AUGGUCACCACCGAUGAUGCCAUCACUCCUCCUCCGGCGAGCCACCGCGCGGCCGCCGUCCCGCCGCCUCAGCCGUUUUUCCGGUCACUGAAAAACACACUGAAGGAGACAUUCUUCCCGGAUGAUCCCCUCCGGCAGUUCAAGGGCCGGCCAGCCGGUCAGCGGGCAGUUCUUGGCCUGCAGUACUUCUUCCCGAUACUCGAGUGGGGCCCACGGUACACGCUCAACUUCUUCAAGUCGGACCUCAUAUCCGGUAUCACCAUCGCUAGCCUGGCAAUCCCGCAGGGGAUCAGCUACGCCAGGCUGGCCAACCUGCCGCCAAUCCUCGGCCUAUACUCAAGCUUUGUUCCGCCACUGAUUUACGCGAUUAUGGGAAGCUCGAGAGAUUUAGCCGUUGGAACAGUAGCCGUUGGAUCAUUGCUGACGGCUUCGAUGCUGGGGACCGUGGUUAAUCCGGUGGAGGAGCCCACACUGUAUCUCCACCUUGCUUUCACGGCGACUUUCUUUGCCGGCCUAUUUGAAGUCGGUCUCGGCAUUUUCAGGCUAGGGUUCAUAGUGGAUUUUCUGUCGCACCCAACCAUAGUAGGGUUCAUGGGCGGUGCGGCCACGGUGGUUUGCCUGCAGCAGCUCAAGGGCAUUUUAGGACUUGACCAUUUUACCCAUGCCACCGAUGUUAUCUCAGUCAUGCGCUCCGUCUUUUCUCAAUCUCACAAGUGGCGAUGGGAAAGUGCUGUGCUGGGAUGUGUCUUCCUUUUUUACCUCCUCAUUUCGAGAUACUUUAGCAAAAAGAAGCCGAAGCUAUUUUGGAUAUCAGCCAUAGCUCCAUUGACAUCUGUGAUUUUGGGGAGUAUUCUGGUGUAUCUCACCCAUGCUGAAAAACAUGGAGUCCAAGUGAUAGGACAUUUGAAGAAGGGAAUAAAUCCAGCAUCAAUAAUGGACCUCAAUUUUAAUUCAAGGUAUUUGACAACAACAAUCAAAACAGGCAUAGUCACGGGCAUCAUCUCACUAGCUGAAGGAAUAGCAGUGGGCCGAAGCUUUUCAAUGUUCAAGAAUUAUCAUAUUGAUGGCAACAAAGAAAUGAUCGCUAUUGGGAUGAUGAAUAUUGUGGGCUCUUGUUCCUCUUGCUACCUCACAACGGGGCCAUUUUCGCGGUCUGCGGUCAACUUCAACGCGGGAUGCAAAACGGCUGUCUCGAAUAUUGUGAUGGCAAUAGCAAUCGUGAUAACAUUAGUUCUCUUGACUCCAUUGUUCUACUACACCCCGAUAGUCGUACUCUCCGCGAUCAUAAUUACCGCCAUGCUUGGCCUCAUCGACUAUGAUGCAGCCAUCCAUUUGUGGCAUGUGGACAAGUUCGACUUUCUCGUGUGCAUGAGCUCCUACAUUGGUAUGGUCUUUGCUAGCUUCGAAGUCGGUCUAGUUAUGGCGAUUGGACUAUCUAUCUUGAGGGUGCUACUAUUUGUUGCUAGGCCAAGGACUUUGGUGCUUGGUAACAUUCCAGAUUCCAAUGUUUUCAGAAGUGUUGAUCAUUACCAAAAUGCAAUUAAUGUGCCAGGAGUUCUCAUUCUUGAAAUUGAUGCCCCAAUUUACUUUGCCAAUUCCAACUAUUUGAGAGAGAGAAUUUCAAGGUGGAUUGAUGAUGAAGAAGACAGAAUCAAGUCAUGUGGAGAAAUUGAAUUGCAAUAUAUUAUACUAGACAUGAGUGCUGUUGGAAACAUCGACACGAGUGGAAUUAGCAUGCUCGACGAGGUCAUGAAGAUCAUCGAUCGGAGGGGGCUCAAGUUGGCAUUGGCUAAUCCAGGAGCUGAGGUGAUGAAAAAGUUGGAUAAAUCGAAGUUUCUAGAAAGAAUGGGCCAAGAUUGGAUCUUCUUAACCGUGGAGGAUGCUGUUGGGGCAUGCAAUUACAUGUUACACGACUUCAAGCCCAAAAUGAAUAAUAGUGAUUUUUCAGAUGAAAAAUAUAGCAAUAAUGUGUGA